GAUAUAGAAACCAUUAUUCAUGAACAAGAAAUAAUUGAAUCCAGUAAUUCACAUGCAAAAAGUAAAGUUUGGGAUUAUUUUACUAAGCCAUAUGGUCUGCCUAAAAGUCGCAAAGCCAAUUGCCAUGAAUGUGGAAAUAUAUUUUCAUAUCAUGGUUCAACUUCUACAUUAAAAUACCAUUUAGUUCAUAGACAUAAAAUUGACAUCUCCACGAAUUUAAGCCAAAAAAGUAAAGUUUGGGAUUAUUUUACUGAACCAUAUGGUUCACCCAAUGAUAAAAAUUGCAAAAUAAAAUGUCUUAAAUGUGAAAUGGAAUUUUUAUAUAAUGUUUCAACUUUUUCAUUGAAAUUUCAUUUAAUUCGCAAGCAUAAUAUUGUUAUGUCUAAAAAUUUAGAAUCUAUUGCAGAUUUAAAUAAAGUUUUAGAAAUUGAACCUAAUAAUGCAAAAGUGUUAAAAAGUAGGGGAAAAGCUUAUAAAAGAAUGGGCAAAUAUGAAGAAUUUAUUGCAGAUUCAAGUAGAGCUUUAGAAAUUGAAUCUAAUAAUGUAAAUGCAUUGAUAAGUAGGGGAAAAGCUUGCGCAGAAUUAGCAAAUAUGAAGAAUCUCAAAUUUAGAAAUCGAAACAAAACAAAAACAUUAUUGCACUCUACAGAUUAUUAA